AGCAGCGUCGCCCGUAAGCUGAAAAGCUGGCCAGCACAAUGGGAAAAAAACAGAACAAGAAGAAAGUGGAAGAGGUCUUAGAGGAAGAGGAGGAGGAAUAUGUGGUGGAGAAGGUCCUGGAUCGGCGAGUGGUAAAAGGCAAAGUGGAAUAUCUGCUGAAGUGGAAAGGCUUCUCGGAUGAAGAUAACACAUGGGAACCAGAGGAGAACCUCGACUGCCCAGACCUCAUUGCAGAGUUCCUUCAGUCCCAGAAAACCGCACACGAGAGCGAGAAGUCUGAGGGAAGCAAACGCAAAGCGGAGUCUGACACGGAGGAUAAAGGGGAGGAAAGCAAACCAAAGAAGAAGAAGGAGGAGUCGGAGAAACCGCGAGGCUUCGCUCGGGGAUUUGAGCCAGAACGAAUCAUCGGUGCCACGGAUUCCAGCGGGGAGCUCAUGUUCCUGAUGAAGUGGAAGAACUCUGACGAGGCCGACCUGGUCCCUGCUAAGGAAGCCAACAUCAAGUGCCCCCAGGUGGUCAUCUCCUUCUAUGAGGAAAGGUUGACAUGGCAUUCCUACCCCUCAGAGGACGAUGACAAGAAAGAGGACAAGAAUUAAACCCCUGGCACCCGCUCUGGCCAGCUUUUGUGUAAAGAUCUGAACUGUGGGUUUGAGCAAAGAGGGAGAAAACGCAGCUCUGCUCGGUUGGGAGCGUAGAGAUGGCUGGAGAAGAUGCCCUUUGAAGAGACCAGUAUGGUUUCUGUGCCCUGCAGCUGCUCAACUGCUUUAUGCAGCUUCAUGCUGUGUCCAGAUUCAAACCAGCCCGGCUCAAU